AUGUGUCUCUCUCUGUGGUUCCCUGCAGGGCGGGGUGGACGAUGAGGUCACGCUCUCUGCCUACAUCACCAUCGCGCUGCUAGAGAUUCCUCUGCCCAUCACUCACUCUGUGGUCCGUAGUGCUUUAUUCUGCCUGGAAACAGCCAUGGAGCAAGGAGGAAGCCACGUGUACACAAAGGCACUGAUGGCCUACGCCUUCACUCUGGCAGGGAAGGAGGAGAAGCACAGGGCACUGCUGGACUCGCUUGAUAAGGAAACUGUGAAAGAGGAUGGCUCCGUUCACUGGCAGAGGCCCGGGAAGCAGCCAGAGGCUGAUCUCCCGUUCUAUCACCCCCGUGCUCCCUCCGCCAAGGUGGAGAUGAUGUCCUACGCGCUCCUCGCUUACCUCCCCACGCGGCCGGCACCAUCCCAAGAAGACCUGUCAUUAGCAGCUCAAAUUGAAAAGUGGAUCAGCAAGCAGCAGAAUCCCAACGGGGGCUUUUCCUCCACCCAG